GGGGUCGGCGCCGGUCUCCAGGGAGAUAGGAGGAGGAGGCGGCGGCCAUGAAGCUGCGGCCUGGACGCGCACAGUGAACGCCAUCCACCGGCGGUGGGCCGCUCUGGAGCGCUGCAGUCCGUGUGGGUGGGGGGGCUUUAAAAAAAAUAGUAAACAAACAAAUAAGACCAUUUUUCGCUGCUAGUCUUGUUGUUGGAGGAGGAAGAGGUGGAGAGGGGGAGGAAUAAGGUCCAACAACGCGCUAUUAACAUGGUCCUGCAACGCCAGCUCCACUGAGAGCCAGGAGGGGAGAGACGGGGAAAAGUGCAUCGCCACUUGCGCCUGUUUAUCUGCUGUAUCUCCGUGCAAGCGUUUAUUUUGAAGUCCAGGCAAAUAAAAAAAGAAUGCAUCUUGUUUAAAGCAACGAUUAACGUCUACCACUGCACGGCGAGCAGCAUCAUUCAGCAAGAAUACAAACACAGACGAUCUGAAAGGGGGUUUCCUCCUCUCACACACACACACCUCGUGUGUACAUAAAAGGAAAAAAAAGGUGAGAGAAGUCUGGGAAGAAGGUGUGCUGGAGACCAGCAAGAAGUCGGAUACUAUUAGUAAUGCCCAUGUCUCUGGUGCAAGCCUGCCGCAGUCUGGCUCUCUCAACAUGGCUGCUUUCUUUCUGCUUCGUGCAUUUGUUGUGCCUGGACUUCACGGUGGCGGAGAAGGAGGAAUGGUACACGGCUUUCGUCAACAUCACGUACGUGGAACCGGCCACCUCGGAGUGGAGGUCGGAGAAGAGCGAGUGCGGCCGCUACGGACAGCAUUCGCUCAAGCAGGACGCCAGGGGGUUGCUGGCUCUGCCCUCUCACCAUGACAAGCUGGCGUGUGACCCUCAGGCCAAGUUUCAGGUGCCCGCCGCUGCUGCCACCCGGGGCUGGAUCGCAGUCAUACCCAGGGGGAACUGCACUUACAAGGAGAAAAUCUGGCACGCUGUCAGGCAGAAUGCAUCCGCUGUGGUCAUUUACAACUUGGGGGCUAGCAACGUCAAUGAGACUAUCACGAUGCCUCAUGGAGGUACAGGAGAAAUUGUUGCCAUUAUGAUUCCUGAGUUAAAAGGACGCGAGAUUAUGAGCCUACUUGAAAGGAAUAUCACCAUUAUGAUGCACAUAACAAUUGGAACACGUAAUUUACAAAAAUAUGUUAGCCGUACCUCAGUUGUAUUUGUGUCGAUAUCAUUUAUUGUACUGAUGAUAAUUUCGCUGGCCUGGUUGGUCUUCUACUAUAUCCAGAGGUUCAGAUAUGCAAAUGCUCGAGACCGGAAUCAGCGUCGUCUUGGAGAUGCUGCUAAAAAAGCCAUUGGUAAACUUCAAAUUAGAACAAUCAAGAAAGGUGAUAAGGAAACAGAGUCAGACUUCGAUAAUUGUGCUGUUUGCAUUGAAGGCUAUAAGCCAAAUGACGUAGUGCGAAUUUUACCAUGCCGGCAUCUUUUCCAUAGGACAUGUGUGGAUCCAUGGCUGCUAGAUCACCGCACCUGUCCAAUGUGCAAAAUGAACAUUCUGAAAGCACUUGGAAUUCCGCCAAAUGCAGAUUGUGCAGACGAUGUAACAACUGAUUUUGAAGGAUCCAUAGGAGGGCCAGCAACUAAUCAGAUUACAGGCGCAAGUGACGUGACGGUCAAUGAGAGUUCGGUGGGGUUUGAGCCUCCUGCUCGAAAUGUUGGACUUUCACAGACAAUUCAAGACAAUGAAUCUCUUCAGCAAGUUGAUGAGAUUAAUGUUACUGCUAGCAACAAUGGUGAAGGACCAAUUGUGAGUAGUGAUUCGGACACCUCACUGAUUCUGGCUGUUGAAGUUGGACUUUCUGACAUAGAACUCUCUACUGACCAUGACUGUGAGGAAGUGAAAUCCUGAGAAGCAUUUAAUGAUGUGGUUCUGGCAAGGCCACAGAGUGACUGCAACAAAUAUCCAGUACAUUCAAACAAGAAUGAUUGUGAGAGCAAUAGCGACAAUCGUUUACUUCUCCUUAGACACUGUAUAGCAUUUGAUGUCUUCACAAAGAACCCACAAGCUUAUCACUUGCCUUAUUCCUACAUUUACAAGCUGGUAACAUGGUUCAGUGGCUGAGCUAAGAAGAAAUAACAGUUGUGGUUUUUUUUAUUUUGUAUUUUCAAUGAUGGUCAACAAUUUAUCUGUGUUUUACAUAUUAUUUUUGUGACUGACUCCUGCUUUUCCAGAGUUUGAUCCUAUGAGGAUUAAGGGUUCCUGAAAUCACUGCCUCAACACUAAAACAUUCAGUCGGUGCUUUUUAAGUUGUGAACUGAAUUUUAAACUUGGUUCCAAGUUCUGCAGUCUUGUGAAUGACUAGCUUUUUUGGUGGGCAACAUUAAGUAAAGUUUUUUUUUGCGCAAUGUUUAUGGGGGGAAAAAAGGAGCUUUGUAGAUGCAGAAAAAAAAAAGUUCAUUUGCCAUUUCUUAAUGUGUUUUUGGCCAUUAAAAGCUAAUAAUAUUGUACAGAGAUGUUGUCCAUAAGCAAUAUGUUCUGCUGGAGAUUGAGACGGGAUGAAUGUUCUACUAAGAGCCCACUUGCUUUUUAUGAAUUCAUAGUAGAUUGGGAUUUGUGAAUAUUUUUGUGUCUGGUUGACACUUGACAGUCCCCACAAGUCUGUGACAUUAUGGCCAUUAACAAAGUAGCUGAGUAAAUGGCCAAAUAGGUUAAACCACCAGCUUUGUUCCCAGAAUGGCUUUUAAGAGUUAGAAAUCAAAAUUAAUUUUAGUGUUACAGCAUACUUUACACCUACUGACCUCUGCCAAAAAACGAAUUUACAGAAUAUAUUGCUGUACUUCAAAAUAAUUUUCUAGUAUUUCAAGUACUUUGAAUUUGUUGCUUAUCAUCUAUCGUAAUAAUAGGUUUUUGUACAUUGAAAACAAGUGAAAAUGUAUUAAAAUUACAGAUCGUUAUACUGUCUGAAUAAAUGACUUUUCAAGUCAUGCAAUUCUAAAGCAUCCUUUUUGCAUAUGGAUAUUUCCUUUGCAGAAAAGAACCCAGUACUAUAAAGCAUAUUGAUAGUACAAGUUUAAAUGUUUUGCCCACAAGGAGAGAAAAUUCCCACAAAGGACGGAGGUGGUAUUUUUUUUUUUCAAACUACUGCUUUUGUUCCAUGUGUAGAUUAUUCACCAUGUAGACUUUAAUAUAUCACGCAAGAAAUAUAUAAUUGUAAUACUUCAGAGCAAAUUAAAAACCCUGUGCGUUCCAGUGGCCCCCAUAUAGUUAUCGUAUAUAGUUAUAUACCCCCAUAUAGUUAUGAGAGGAAUAGAUCGGGUAGAUGCACAGAAUCUCUUGCCCAAAGUAGGGGAAUCGAGGACCAGAGGAUAGGUUCAAGGUGAAGGGGAAAAGAUUUAAUAGGAAUCUGAGGGGUAACUUUUUCACACAAAGGGUUGUGGGUGUAAGGAACAAGUUGCCAGAGGAGGUAGUUGAGGCUGGGACUAUCCCAACGUUUAAGAAACAGUUAGACAGGUACAUGGAUAGGACAAGUUUGGAGGGAUAUGGACCAAACGCAGGUAGGUGGGACUAGUGUAGCUGGGACAUGUUGGCUGGUGUGGGCAAGUUGGGCCAAAGGGCCUGUUUCCACACUGUAUCACUCUAUGACUCUCUGACUCAAUAUAGUCUGCAGAGGUUGUAAUCACUCUAGUGAUCAAUCUUUUGACUUGGAUCAGUAUAAAUAUAGGCAAAGUCAAUGAUGUACUAAGUUGAAGACAUUCAAACGUUUAGAGACGUUAUUUGAUGCAGAAGAUUAUUUCCUUUGAGUAUAGAAUUUGAAUGAAUAAAGAGGACAUACAAGCAGAGCAGAUGAAGAGCCUACUGCUCCCUAGUUUGAACUUGAAUAAUUUAAAAAAUGUGAAUGUGGUAAUAAAUGAUGGAAAAUGAGUUGAAACAUAUUUGGUAAUAAGAUUUAUCUCAGGCUAACUUAAAGGGCUAAAGAAUUGAAAAGAUUUUUAUUCAAAGUUAAAAUUGCCCAUGAAAGAGAAAAAAAUCAGGCAUGCGUGAAAUUGAGAUUUCAGUCCUAAGUUGACAGAAUAAUCAAUCAGAAUGGCCAUUAUUAUCGCUUUGUCAGCUGUUCUUUUCAAUUCAUCCCAUGUACCAUGGGAUGCGACUGACUGCAGGAUAGAAAAUCAUUUGAGAUGAUCCUCUCUUGAAGAUAAUCAUGCUUUUUUUUUAUAAAGUCACAUGCUCUGCUGCGCAUUCUUGUUUCUUCUUCUGUCGAUAGCAAAUUUCUAUAUUGGUUCCCAUUUUUGAACAAGUUUGAAUUUCUUGAUUGUAGUUUGAUGCUAUAAGCAAUUUUGUUCUGCUGUGGCUAAAAUUUCAGGGAGAAAAUUUUCACCAGGUUGACUAUCGUUCAAAAUUUAACUACAAUUCUAUUUUAAGUUUACAAGCAUCAUCAUUUUACAUUGAUUUUUUAAUCAAAUUUUACUGUAGCGUUUGCACCAACCCUGUGACAAAAAAGUUUAGGUGUUAAUCGGCAGUGAUCAUUUUCCAGAUGGUAAAACAGGAAAUACUGAAAUACUAAACAUGUCACCUGCAGACAACAAAACAUUUAUGGUUUAGGUCAGAACGUUUCAAAUAGUUUGUUUUUAGAUUUAGAAAAGGAGAGGGUUGAAGGCAGCAAAAGGAUUAUUUGUAAUAGGAUGAAAAACAAGAGACAUUGGAAUUGCUUGCAGUGCUGCUGUCUGUGAGGGAAUAGUGGAGGCUCAGUAAUUGCAGAUGAACCAGUCUGAUGAAGUGUCGACCCGAAACAUCACCUAUUCCUGUUCUGCAGAGAUGCUGUCUGACCCGCUGACUUACUCCAACUUUUUGUGUCUAUCUUUAGGAUUGCAUUUUGCCCUUAUUUUUCAUUUUGGUGCUCUGUGUAAAGAGUUCUUGCAUCCAUAUCUGUCUAUCUAGCCAUGUGUAGGAAAGAACUGCAGAUGCUGGUUUCAAUCGAAAGUAGACACAAAAUGCCAGAGUAACUCAACAAGACAAGCAGCCCAGUCCUUCUCUCCAGAGAUGCUGCCUGCCCCGCUGAGUUACUGCAGCAUUUUGUGUCUAACUAUCUAACCAUAUGGCCAACAAAUUGUGUCAGGCUGAAGAAGGGUUUCAGCCCGAAACGUUACCUAUCUCCUUUGCUCCAUAGAUGCUGCCGCACCCGCUGAGUUUCUCCAGCAAUUUUGUCUACCUUCAAUUUUCCAGCAUCUGCAGUUCCUUUAUAACAAAUUAAUUGUGUCCCUCUUUUCACAGCCUUUCCACUCAGAUAUUUGGGAAGCAUUUUGGUGAUCACUGGGAUCAGCAUGACAGGGAUACUGAGACAAAGGUUUAUUGCAUUUGCAAAACUUGCUUUUUACAAGAAAUUCCGUGCUGCCAAAUAGCUUAAAAUUCCAGAUGGAUUUCCUUCUUCAACAUUAGAGCCUUUAAUUUUUUAUUUUGUUUGCAAUAUUUCAGUUAAAGAAUAAAGACCUUCUAGGGACUAGUUUAUAAUCAUGCUUUCGAAACAUUGGACUAAUUCAACAGGUCAGGCAUCAUCCCUGGGGAACAUAGAUAAAACCUAUCCAUGUUCUCCAGGGAUGCUGCCUGACUGGCUGAGUUACUCCAGCAUUGUGUCUGUCUAUAUAUAACAUUUCUACACUUAUCCUUUGAUGAGAAUCUUCUAUCUUUAUUAAAAAAAACACAAGGAAGGGUGGCACAGUGGUGUAACAGUAGAGUUGCUGCCUAUGUGCCCUGGAAACCCACAUUCCAUCCUGACUACGGGUGCUGUCUGUAUGGAGUUUGUACGUUCUCCCUGUGAAGGCGUGGGUUUCCUCUGGGUGCUCCGGUUUCCUACCACAUUCCAAAGCCCAGCAGGUUGGUAGAUUAAUUGGCUUUUGUAAAUUGUCCCUGGUGCGUAGGAUGUAAAACUGGAAUAACAUGGAACUAAUGUACAAAUGAUCGUGGUCGGUGCAGACUCAAUGGUCCCAAGGGCCUGUUUCUAUGCUGCAUCUCUAAACUAAACUGCAGAUGCUGGAAUCUGGAGCAAAGCACAAAGAGCUUGACUAACUCAGCAGGUUAGGCAGCAUCUGUGGAGGGAAUAGAUGACCAAUGUUUUUGAGUUGGGACCCUUCAGCCUGAUUGCAGUAGAGGGAGAAAGUUAGAAAAGAGGUGGCAAGUGAUAGGUAGAUACAGGUGAGGAGGUUUUGAUUGGCAGAUAGUUGGAGUAACUGACAAAAGCUAGCAAUGAAAAGGAGACAAAAGCUAGAGAGAGGGAUCCAAAUGGAAGGGGUCGACCCCAGUCUGAAGAAGGGUUUUGGCCUGAAACAUUGCCUUUUCCCUUCGCUCCAUAGAUGCUGCCGCACACACUGUGUUUCUCCAGCAAUUUUGUCUACCUUCUUUAUUACUUUCUCCAGCUGUCUGCCAAUCAAACCCCUCUCAUCUGUAUCCACCUAUCAUUCACAAGGCUUUGUCCUGCCCCCACCUCUUUUUUUUUUGCUGUCUCCCCCCCCACUGCAAUCAGUCUAAAGAAAGAUUCCGACCCAAAGCAUCGCCUUUCCAUUCCAUUGACAGAUACUGCCUGACCUGCUGAGUUACACCAGCACUUAGUGUUUUCCUUCUAUCUUUCAUACAUCCUUGAUCAUAAAGUAACGUCGUACAUUUAUUCAUUCAUGCCACAAACUCUUUAUUUCUACGAGAGACAGGCUCAAGAGAGGGCAGUUAAUAGUAGUAUUUUGAAAACUUUUGAAUUACUCCAUUAAGCAGCUUUGUUCAGUCAACUAAAAUGGCAAAUUGUUUUUGCUUAUGUAAAGUAUGUUCCCUUUCAAAAAUAGACACUUUCAUUCAUCUUGAAGUUAUUGUGGUGAAAAGAAAACAUAAUUAUGUUCUGGUGGAAUAGACAUAUUAUAUAUAUAUAUAUAUAUUGUAUAUAUUAUAUAUUACUUAUCAUUUAAUGAUGUAUACUGCAUUUAACAUGGUAAAAACAACAGUGACAGCAUUUCUAAAUUAAGGGAAUGUGGACAAUCAUUAUAUUUAUUGGGUGUAGCUCAAGUCACCGUAACAAUUGAAAUUUAUUUUGAAAUCGCUCAAUCAAGUUAAUUUCAAGAUUUUUUUCGAGACAGUACUUAAGGUAAGCACGAGUUUUACCAGAAAAAUCAUGUUCCUUUUUGAUAUACAAAUACAGUGCAGUUCAAAUGAAAAUAUUCAACCACAGUGCCAUAAGCGUAAUAACUUUUGAACAAACUGCAUAAUCAUACUUAAAUUGUUAUGUUAUCUCCCUUAGAAAAACUACUCUGUAACGUGGCAUGGAGGCCCAGAGUGCUGCUUUGCACCUAAUCUUAGCAGAAAUCUAGGAUAUUCUGAGACAGACUCCAGGUGGGUAUGUAAUGGGUUUUUGACAGGAGAGUUGGGGCUAUAUGCUGGGUAGAAAUUAGGUCACAGUUCAGAAGGAAAGAAGUUGAGUAUAAAAAUACCACUAUUUUCUUGUGACACACUCUUGGUUUUAUCGUGAAUGCCCAAAGUAAUAUAUUUGAUCUUUGAAGGAAUGCUUGAAGAUCGUGGCUUACCAUAAACUACAGCUUAUUGUAUUCUGGACAUACUUUGCUUUACAUGGGUAAAGGUUCUAACCGUGGCAUAACUUGGGAGAAAAUGUAAUAUGUUGGGCUGAUUUCUGGAAUGUAACUCCAUUAAAUGGUGUAGCUAUUCUGUUGUAUUGAUUUUGAAUUCAUAGUUUGCAUGUUAUGUCCAAAACAGUUCAGUUUAGAUUAUAUUUUAGGUGCAUUUACAGCAUAUUUUCUUUGAAUGUAAAAGAAAUAUCUGUACAUUAUAACUAAUUGGUAGCGGUCUCAAUUAUUAGCACUUUACUGGUGUGUCUUUGUAUAGAAAAGUAAAUGUAAUCCAUUACUUUUUGAAUUUCGUUAAAUAGAUUAACUUCAAAUAUUCUAUUUGAAUAAAUGUGAUUAACAUUUUAUCUGCCAUUUAAAGCAAUGCCCUUUUAAACAAGGUAGACAAUAAUGCUGGAGAAACUCAGCGGGUGAGGCAGCGAAGGAAAUAGGCAACGUUUCAGGCUGAAACCCUUCUUCAGAACUUUUAAGUAACAUUUAUUUCCUCAGAAACACACAAAAUGUCACUUUAAUGGUUUAUUAUUUACGUUAUGAAAAUAUGAGAUCUUCGUUGACCAAAGAAGUUAAAAGCUUUGGCUUAAUAACAUUAAUGAUGCCAAGAUAUACAAUUUAUGUAACCCUGAGUUUAAAGAUUUCUCUGUCUGAAAAAAUACUUUAGCAUAUCCACAAGAUAGUGUGGAUGUUAGAACUGUGGCAAAAACACAGAAAAUACUGGCAUUAUUCCAGUCAACCAGGAACAGCCAAGAAUGCAAAUAUAAAGAUCAAUGAUUUUUCAUCUGAACUUGAAAAAGUUUUGUCCUUUCAUCUUUCUGAAAUACUGUACAAUCAUCAACCAUCUUAUUUAUCCUUUCACAAAAAGCAAAUUGCUGAAUGAACUCAGCAGGUCAGGCAGCAUCUGUGAAGGAAAUGGACAGAUGGCAUUUCAGGUUAGAAUCCUCCUUCAGAAAUCUGAAACAUCGCCUGUCCAUUCGCUCCAAAGAUGCUGCCGAUCUGCUGAGUUCCUCCAGCACUUUUCUUUUGCUCAUGAUUCCAGUAUCUGUAGUUUUUUGAAUCUCCAUACUUGUCCUUUCUCCUGCUUCGGUCUUUAAUUCUUUAGUUAUUUUUAUCUCCUUGCCAUUCUAAUGAAAGCUCACCAUGUCUCUGAUUGUCCUUUGCUGUCUGAGUUUCUGGGUGUUUACAGCAUCUUCAUCAUGUUGUUCAUUCAGAUACAUCAUUUAUACAGGGACCAUGAAAACUGCUCAUUAAUCAGUCUCUACUGUAGUAAGUUUAAUGCUUCAAAACUACAAUACAGAUUAUUCGGUUUAGCGUAUCAACUAAUGUUAUCAAUGUAAGAACCAAAGAUUUAAGAGCAUAUCCUUGAAUAUCGAUAUUACUACUAAAUGCCUCAAUAUGUGACUGUUGUGUAAUGAGUGAACUGUGGAGAAACCUGUCACUUCCCCAUUACCCCCACUCUAAACAAGAUCUCAAAUUAAUGUUCAGUUUAUGGCUACAAAUAAUCACUGGCCUUUUUAAAAUACCAUAACACUAUAUAAUACAUGGGUGAAUUUCAACUAUUGUCAUUAAAAAUGAAUGGUCAAAAAAGCUUAUUUUCUGAAAGGCUAAAAUGCACUAAGAUCAAGUCAGGCUGUGGUGUUUGUGUGGCUAAAUCAGAUCAGUCACCUGGUUAGAAAUGUUUCUUCUAAGGUAAAUAUACAGUGUUUAAAGACAUGGAAUUCAAUGAAACAGAAUUCAAAGCACAGGUUUCAGUACAUCUUGUGCUUAGUGUGUACAAUAGGUGAUGAAGUUGUAUUCCUUUUUCUCCAAACUGUUGGACUGUUGCCAAAUAAUAGCUAAUAGUUAACAUCAGCCUCAGCCCUGCUGAGUUGUUGUUUCAUUACAUUUCUAUGUUGUAUGAAAUCUUUCACUGGAAUUCCUUACAAGUGGAAUGGAUACAUUUGUAAUGUGUCAUCAUUGUCAGUACUAAAAGCAUCGUUUACACACACAGCAUAUUUUGCUGUCUGAUAGAAGCAUUUAUGUGUAGGUAUAGAUGACACAUUUAACUUGCUAUUUAUUUCUUAAAUAGUAAUCCAAUUGUGAUACAGAGGUUAGCAUUAUGUCCUAUUACAGUGCUGAUCAAACAAUUAUUUGCAGAACAGUGCACAAAAUCAUGAAUGUUGCCAGAAUUAACCACAGAAGCUCAUAGCAAAGAUGCACAGUGCUUCUCCACAAUUGUCUACAAGUGUAGAGAUUUUUAAAGAAAAUCCAUAUUUCUUUAUCAUCAACCCAAUCGAGCGCCUAAUUUAAAAAUGCUUCAACAGGAAUAGGAAGAAAAUGUAAACGGAUAAAAUUGAAACUGAGGGAUUAUCAUUCUGUUUCAGUGAAAAAGUAGUUGAACUGUACUCAACACAUCUUUUCAGCCAGCCAACUAAAGUGAUUUUCAAGUAGAGUCAGGUUGCUAUUCAGUGCCAGGUUGCUGCUAUAAGAGGUGUUAACAUACCAACGUGAGGACAUGUGAUGUAUAAGAGAGUUGUUUGGCACACAGUUCUUAACCAUCAGGCAAGACUGCAGAUGUUGGAAUCAUAAUCAAAAAUAAACUUGCUGUUGAAACUCAGUGGUGUUGGGUAGCAUUUAUGGAGAGGAAUGAACAGAUUACAUGUCGGAUUGGGAUCCUUCCGCCUGAAGGAAAUCCCGGCUUGUAAUGUUGUUUGUCUAUUUCCCUCCACAGAUGCUACCUGAUCUGCUGAGUUCCUCCAGCACGUUUGUCUUUGCUUUUACCCACCAGGAGAUGGCACUAUGCAUCAGAUUUCCUUCACAUGUUAUUUGUGACCACGCAUCUCAACUGUAGCAAAGCAGGGGUGUCAAAUUAUUCUAAGAGACUUUGUUUUUCAUUGUUUCACUAUGCCUUGCAUUUAAAGAUGGGUUUUUUUUUAAUGUAUAUCACUUUAUUGUCUGGUAUGCUGCUGUUGACCUUGGAAGCAUCAGUGGGAAACAUCUAUUUUGUUUUAUCCAUGCUAUUCUACGUUUUAAGUAAUUACUUAGUUUGCUAAGCGUUAAUCCAAGCGGCAAAUGGAUUGUGUGGUGAUUACAAUAGAUUUUUCUAGUUGGCAUUUGGCCAGAUGCUACAGCUUGCAAAUAAACUUUGUAAUAUAAAGCUAAAAUAUGAAGCAGUUGUAUUAGUUACAGUGCAUUUAUUCUCAAAUUUGCUUUUUAUGUAUAGUGCUGCAAUUAUUUUCUAUUUAAAAUGGGUUCUUAUUACUGAAGUGAAGUAUGUUCGUUUCUUCAUAAUGCACUUUAUAUAUUCUGAAAAAUAUGGCAUCGAAGGAUGUUACUGGGGGGAAAAUGGAUUGGUCUGUUGGUCAGUCAAUAAUAAAGCAUUUAUGUUUGAA